GUCGAGUGGAGAAGAGGAGUUCAAGUGUCACGGUUAAUUGGGACUGACAGGAAACCAGAAAGUGUCUACAUACCUGAUAACACUUGAAGAUAAAACGAAAUGUUAACAUUAUUUUAUGUCACAAGCACGAAUUGUAUUAUGGGAAUAUUAUAUGUGCUUCCGAUAUUACCGCUUGUACUACAAUGUUGGCUUAUUCUUAUGUCUUUGGUUAACGGAGACAGGUAUCUUUGCCGGAACCUUUAAACUACAUUUACCAGCAUGCACCGCAAUCCGGGUGGUGCCACCCACCUGCGAAGAACAGGUGUCUCAUUCCUGCCGAGAAACGAGAGACGAAUAAAGUCAACUCGAUGUUGCAGAAAUGUCCCGGACAAAGGGCACGUGUGGUAGGAGCUCUUCCUUCCAUGAAGGACACAACUUUAAGGAGUUUGACAUGAGGAACGCUGAGGAACCAUCUAACAACACUGUCUUACAGCGACUCCUACAGGAGCAGCGGCGCUAUGCUAAUUCCAGUGAUAACAGGAGCUUUCUGGCCCUUCAGCAGCAGAGUCAAGUGAGUGGACUAUUUUACACGAGUGCCAGUGAGGACCACCAGAUGGUCCCCAACUUGGCACGGCAGGAGCCCCAGGGCCAGGAGCUUCAAGUUGAUAACACUGCAAUGGAGAAGCAGGUACCAUCACGUGCAAGCGGAGGUGGUCAGGGGCCAACUAAUGAAGAAUUGCCUACUUAUGAGGAGGCCAAAGUACAAUCACAGUACUUUCAGGGACAACAGCAAAUCUCUCCCACUGUUGGUGCUGCUUUUUACGUGACUGGGGUGACAAGUCAGAAGAUGAGAACAGAAGGCAGGCCUACUGUUCAAAGGGUGAACCCUGGAAAGGUGCACCAAGAUGAAGGGCUGAAGGACUUGAAGCAGGGUCACGUGCGUUCGCUUAGUGAGCGCUUAAUGCAGCUUUCAUUAGCAACCAGUGGUGUCAAAGCUCAUCCACCAGUGACCAGUACCCCUCUGUCCACUCAAGCCCCACCUACGUCUGAGCUGUAUAAGAAUGCAGUUUCUGGGUCAGAUUUUUUCAAACAAGGAGGGCAACAUUCAUUAAAAAGCUUGGAACACCGGGGGCCACCUCCAGAUUACCCAUACAAGAACAUUUCAACAUUGCCUAUGCCCUCCAAACCACAAGAACAUGGUUCCUACUACACAGAACAUCGCAUGAGCCAGCAGAUGAGGACUGAAGUGCCUGUUAUGAGGUACCAGCCACCACCAGAGUAUGGUGCUGUCAGACAAAAUCCAGAGAAUGUGGGGUAUCAGCAGCGUCCUCUUCACCACCACAGCCCUACAUCAUCUAUGACAUCGAUGGGGUCUUUGUCUCUCACUCAGUCCCCUACAGUAAACUUUCAUCUUGGACAGCACCAGCCUUUAGUAGAUCACUAUCCCAUGGGCCUUCGUACCCCACAAGGUCAUGGCUCACACCCACUGCACCUGGGAGAACCUUACAUGAUGAAUCCUCCAUCACGUGGACAACAGAUGCAUGAUUUUUAUGGAGGGCCUCCUCGUACACAGCAGCAUUUUCCAGUCAGUCAGUCCUUCCAAGGAGACCCUUAUUCUGUUGUGGCCAGAGCCCAGCAGAUGGUAGAAAUCUUGUCAGAAGAGAACAGGACUCUCAAGCAAGAACUGGAUACAUACUGUGACAAGGUUUCCAAGCUCCAAAAACUGGAGACAGAAAUACAGCGCGUCUCAGAGGCCUAUGAAAACUUGGCUAAGUCUUCAUCUAAAAGAGAAGCUCUUGAGAAGGCCAUGCGCAACAAGAUGGAGGGAGAGAUCCGGAGGCUACAUGACUUCAACCGGGACCUCCGAGAACAAAUGGAGAGUGCUAACAAACAGUUGGCAGCUAAAGAGUAUGAAGGCUCUGAAGACAACCGGAAGACCAUCUCACAACUCAUCUCACAAAAUAAAGAAAAUCUAAGAGAAAAGGAGAAACUGGAGAUUGAAGUAAAUGCACUUCGCUCCACCAAUGAGGAUCAGCGGAGACACAUUGAAAUCCGUGACCAGGCCUUAAAUAAUGCCCAAGCAAAGGUGGUCAAGCUUGAGGAAGAGCUAAAAAAGAAGCAGGUCUACGUUGAGAAAGUAGAAAAGAUGCAGCAGGCCUUGGCGCAGUUGCAAGCGGCCUGUGAGAAGAGAGAGCAGCUUGAGCACCGUCUAAGGACUCGCCUAGAGAGAGAGCUGGAGAGUCUGCGCCUGCAGCAGCGGCAAGGCACAACUCAAAACAGCAACAAUUCAGAGUACAAUGCUGCUGCUCUGAUGGAACACUUGCGUGAAAAGGAAGAACGCAUUCUGGCACUUGAAGCUGACAUGACAAAAUGGGAGCAAAAGUACCUGGAGGAAAGCGUCAUGCGGCAGUUUGCUUUGGACGCUGCUGCAACCGCUGCUACGCAAAGGGACACCACUGGAAUCAGUCACUCCCCGACCAGCAGCUAUGACACAUCAGUGGAGGCGCGCAUUCAGAGGGAAGAGGAGGAGAUCCUGAUUGCUAACCGAAGAUGUUUGGACAUGGAGGGCAGAAUAAAAAAUCUUCAUGCCCAAAUAAUUGAGAAAGAUGCCAUGAUAAAAGUUCUUCAGCAGAGAUCAAGGAAAGAACCUAGCAAAACAGAGCCAUCUUCCAUGAGGCCGUCCAAAUCUCUGAUGUCUAUUGCCAAUGCUGGCUCUGGUCUGCUCUCCAGUUCCCUUGCUAUGAGCAGCAGCCCAAUUGCAGAGGAAAGAAAGGAAGACAAAAGCUGGAAAGGAAGCCUGGGUAUUUUGCUUGGGACAGAAUACCGGGCUGAAUCCCUUUGCAAUGAGUCUAUUUCUUCAUCUCCAUCUCCUGUCUUGCCCUCCACACCUAUGCCGUCUACACAUUCUAAAACUGGCAGCCGGGACAGCAGCACUCAGACAGAUAAGAACAGUGACCAGAUCAAGAACUCUGUCAGCACUCUGCUACCUGUGCAGGGAAAAUUAUCCAUGGCCAGCAACACCUGCACUCCAGAUGGAUUAUCACUAUCGCACAGUGGAACCCUAGACAGGAAGGCCCCCAUCUCGCCGGCUGGACCGGACCUUGACAAUGAUAUGGUUGAAAUUCUCAUAUAAAUCAUUAGUCUCUGACUGUGUUCAGAUUUUCUUUGGAAAGAGACUGAAUAUGAAAAUGUUUUGUAGUCAAAAGAAAUGUGUAUUAAUUCAUAAAGCCCUAACUGAGAUGAAGGAUUUUUGAACUCCAGCCUCUUGAAACCUCUGGAAGGUGCAUCACAUGAGGGUAUGUUUAAAUGCACUAUGCUGAACGCAUUAUUUGUUCACAGGACCUUAAUGGGGAUGUAGAGACGCCUGUAAUCUACUGUAUCAAUCCUGUAGCAAGCGGCUUCAUGUAGGAUCUUAUACAGGCUGUUGUGGGCACUACAUUACCCACUGGACCAAAACACUUAAAACCUUGAUUUCAUUUUUGCACUACUUUCUAUCAAGUGUACAUUCUAAUUUACAAAUAUUUUUCUUCUGAAACCUAGAUACAUAGGGCACUACAUCAGAAGCACAACUCCAAUUUAUUUUCUUUUCUUUAGUCUGUGACAUUACUUUUGAGUUUUCACACUACUUUUUUUUUUUUUUUUUUUUGUUAAAUAAGUUUUACGAUUUUUUUGUUUGUUUUUCCCCAUGCAUAAAUGCUCACACAAGCCUUGUAAGUGCAUGUGUCUGGGAAAGCCACAUAUUUGAUUCUUAUUUUGUUAUCAGUUUGUCUGAUUGUUUAUAUCUUCCUUCCUUUUGGCACUCCGAUCUGAGUGAAGUCUAUGCCUUGACCCCCCACCUCCACUUCUGUUUCAGGUCUGAAAUUGAGAUGGCAUGUAACUUUAUUUUUUGACAUCGAAACUCUUUAAUUUAUGACCAUCUGGAUUAAAUAUUCAGACUACAGGUUGUGUGACUCAUCCAUGGCCACCAAUAAAUAUUCUUGAGAAUGUCAAAGUAAGCUGCCUUUGAGAUUUAAGAACCUGGACUGCAUCCCCCACCACAUUGUCAACGUGUCUCCAGAUACUAUGGUGUGUAUAACCCCUGAAUUUUCAGGUCAUCUCUCAUGCUACUCUAUCUGAGAAUUAUCAGCUCUGCGCAAAUCCCUGAAUUAGUCCAGAGCAUUAAUCAUGGCUGCUGCCUCUCUUGUGCUUGUGCAUUAUAGACAGAGGUGACUCCUCUUAGUUAGGACAUAUUUUUAUACUGAUUAAAAUAUCUCCAAAUAAAAAAAAAUAAUAAUAAGUCUAUCUAUUGAACAUGGGGAUCAUAUAAACUUAUUUGUGUACAUUUUUUUUCUUGCUUGCCUUGCUUUAGUGCCAUUAAUGUGUCAUCUUACAUGAAUGAUCAUUGCACAUAAACAGAACACCACAUAUUAGAAUGUAACAUGCAAAGUAUACAGAAUGUAUUCAAGCAAACAGUAGAACCUGCUAGCAUUUUCAUUAUAGGACCAACUUUAAUGUACUCAGCACUUGAAAGAUUGAGUUAUUUAUUCCUUUGUAGUUUGUUAAACUAGCACUCUGUUUGUAUAGCUCCUUGUGAUAUUUUCUAAAAUAGUUUGAGUGUCUUCCAAGUCUUUUUUUUUUUUGGCUAAGAACUGCCAUUUGAAACCAAUAUGAAAUGUCAGACAAAGAGGAGCAAGUAUAGUGUUGUGGAGGAAUGAACCAUAGGAAUUAGGUGUUCUACAUGGAACAUCCAGUCAAUCAGGGAGAAAACAAUUUUGGGAAAACUUGGGAACUAGCAGGAGAUGGUCAAUUAUAGUUUUGUACUUGUUUAAUUAUUGGAAUUAACUAAACCGACACAGUGUCAGUAACAACACAGUCGCAACAAAGCAAUCAUGGUUCAGCUUUCUACUUUCACCAUUUUCUAUUUUACUUGUACUCCAUUGUUUCCCUCCUCCUCCCCUUCUUGUUAUUGCUCUAUGAUGUAUUCAUAUCGUUGACCUUUACUAGGCAGCUAGAUCAUCGAGAUGAAGCAGUAUUAACCUAGUGGAGCUAAAAAAUAGUAAAGAAACAAUGGGAGCUCCAAACCUAUUGAGACUACCUGGUGGUCCAGACAUUGUUCUGCUUUCAAAUUUGGUUUACUUUAAACCUAAUUCUCAGGUGACUCGAGUGUAGUGCUCCACCUGGACAACAUGUAAGGCACAUGAAGUGGAAUAAACAAAUCUGUCAUGCUGAAGCACCUCUGACCUAAGCACUUUGGGGUUCCACUUCUAGUCUGUUUGCCAUUGCUUGCAUCCAUCCAUUUUCUGAACACCUUUAUUAAGGUCAGCGUCAUGGAACAGUAAAUAUAUUUUAUGCAUGGUUUUCAGAAGGUUGCCUUGCCUCCUCACAACCACUUGGGUCCUGAUUUUAUCCCCUGCUGGGAGGCUUUCUGUACUCUGAGCUCUCCAUGUGGUUGUUUAGGGUCUCCUCAGGGUGACGGCUGUGCAAAUCAGUGCUGGGUCUGUGUGUGUGUCUUCAAGCACCAAGCAAUGGACAGGCACCCCAUGCUGGACCGCCUCCUACCUUAGGUACAUUCACAAGCCGGUUCAGGUUGGGAAGGUGGAAGAAAGGGCUUGUGUAUAAUUAGUGUUCCAUAAAGCAGAAAAUGUUAUACUAUUUUAAUGGAAAAUAAUUACAAGUUCCUUCAGCAGUAGAAGUUGUGUUGUACAAAUAUACUUAAUUUAUUACUCUUUAGGUAUUAUUCUGCUUUCAUGUAUGAUUAUUUUAAAUGUAUGUAUUUUUUUAAAGGUCACUUCUUUAUGCCCCAUUAAAGUGUUGCAGCGUGGCACAUUGGUUAGGCUUUGGACUUCAGACCCUGAGGUUAUGGGUUCAAAUCCUGCCACGGACACUCUGCGACCCUGAGCAAGUCAUAUCACCCGUCUUUGCUCCAAUUGGAAAAAGAAAAGAAAUGCAACAAAUUGUAUCUCAAAAGUUGAAAGGCGCUUUGGAUAAAGAGUCAGCCAAACCAAUUAAUAUAAAUAUAAAGUGUAGUGUUUCUAGUGGAACAAUCACAAGGUGCUCACUUGCUGCUUGUGUGUCAUUCAGUGUGUUAGAACUGACAUGUUUUGUGUGUUGGAUAAUAAAAGAAUAAAAAGCACUAAACUGUUAUUGAGGUGCCAGUCAAGAGCGGGCGCUCUGGAGUCUUUGGUGUGAGCAAGCAAUGUGUCUGUCAAGAUGUCAAAAGAAAUGUAACAAUUCAAUAUGUAGGAUUAUUAUAGAAGUAUAGUUCAACCUUUUGUGGAACUAAUGUAGUAAUUUUGUUUUACCAAUGAUACAAAAUAUAUUCAAAUUUGUAUUUUGUUAUUAUAUAUUUGUUAAAGAAAAAAUUGCUGCUUUGUAAAAUGUAUUAAAAAAGCCUAGUCUAGUUGUUACUGUAUUUAGUAUGCUAGUUUUGAUAUUCUGUAGCGAACCUUUUUUGUUUUUUAACAUAACAUUGGGUUCAUCUCAUAUUGAAUUUCUCAAAAGGCCUGAUUGUAUUUUUAAACUGUAUUUAUACCUCUUUAUCCUUCAAAGAUCCAUUGAAUUGUUUUUUAUAUUUAAGAGUUGCUUUGUUUAAACCUUAGAAUCUUUACAUACAUUUCACUAAAACGCUGUAAGAUCUAUAAAGGUGGUUUACCUGAAAUGUGCAUCCAAUGUAUACAAGUGUGUACGUCCAUGUCUCUUGUGGGGCACUUUGAACGACGCAGAUAAAACACGUAAUAAAAGGGUAGCUGGAGGUAA